AUCUCUUCUUUCUCUUCCAGUCUCUCAGGCUUGUGUGUGAUCUUUCUUCCCAGAGUGAAUAAGUUAGAGCUCGAGUUGAGCGAGUGAGAACUUCACUCCAUAUCCCUUGCUUGUUGUCAAAGACGCUAGCACUCUUUUUCUCCCUUUGCCGGUGUGCUUUUCCCUGGGCUUUUGGUCUCGUGGACUACCUACAAAUACAACACACACGCUCGCUCCACUGGAUCGUACAUAUACACGCUCUAGUCUAUACACAAAGCGACGCUCUAGGCAUAGAUAGGCUGCCAAACACCCUUGCUCGCUCGUCUGCUCGCCAAUAGAGAUCUCUUCUCUUUUCCUCCACACUUUUCUUUUGCUAGUGGUGGUGGUAUGUCUCUUGUGCUUGGCGCCCCUCCUUUAGGCUCCCCUCAUCAUUUGGAACAUCCAUUCCUUGUUGAUCCAUUGUCUGUGGUGGUGUGGUGGUGCUGGUAAUGGUGGUGGAAGGGGUCAAGAGAAUUGCAUGAAGCAUUUCACCGCUGGAACGAUAAUCUGAGCUCUAUAUAGUGUUGCAGAGGAGAGAAGAUCACACGCGCCCCCCGCAAAACUCGCAGCAACUUCGCAAAGGCAAGAUGAAUCUGGAGCACAAGGAGCGCGAGAAGCAAGCCUUGCAGUUCAUCGAGAAGGUGACGAGCGAGGCGGCGGAAGUCCAGUCGGCGGUGCUGUCGGCCAUCCUGGAGCGCAAUGCUCACACCGAGUACCUCAAACGCCACGGCCUCAAUGGCCGCACCGACAAGGCCUCGUUCCGCCAAUGCCUGCCCGUCAUCACCUACGAGGACCUCGAGCCCGAGAUCCAACGCAUUGCCAAUGGCGACACCUCGCCCAUCCUCUCCGCCCAUCCCAUCUCCGAGUUCCUCACCAGCUCGGGAACGUCGGCUGGCCAGAGGAAACUCAUGCCCACCAUCUCGGAAGAAUUCGAGCGCCGCUGCCUGCUCUACAGCCUCCUCAUGCCCGUGAUGAACCAGUAUCUCCCGGGACUGGAUCAAGGCAAAGGGAUGUACCUCUUCUUCAUCAAAUCCGAGGCCAAGACCCCGGGCGGCCUCCUCGCGCGCCCGGUGCUCACCAGCUACUACAAGAGCCGCUACUUCACGGAGCGCCCCUACGAUCCCUGCAACGUCUACACGAGCCCCAACGAGACCGUGCUCUGCCCCGACGCGCACCAGAGCAUGUACUGCCAGCUCCUGUGCGGCCUCCUCCAGCGCCACGAAGUUCUUCGCAUGGGCGCGGUCUUCGCCUCGGGAUUCCUGCGCGCCAUCCGCUUCCUCGAGACCCACUGGCGGGAGCUGUGCGACGACAUCCGCGCGGGCGGGCUCAACGAGCUGGUUGUGGACGCAGCGGCGCGCCGCGCGGUGCUGGCGCUCAUGCCACGCCCCGACCCGGCGCUGGCCGACGACAUCGCCGAGCAGUGCCGCAAGGAGUCAUGGGCCGGCAUCAUCGCGCGGCUGUGGCCAAACACCAAGUAUAUCGACGUGAUCGUCACCGGCACCAUGGCGCAGUACAUCCCCACGCUCGACUACUACUCCGGGGGGCUGCCGCUCGUGUGCACCAUGUACGCUUCCUCUGAGUGCUACUUUGGGAUCAAUCUCCAGCCGCUGUGCCCGCCAUCGGAAGUCUCGUACACUCUGCUGCCCAACAUGGCGUACUUUGAGUUCUUGCCCGUGCUCCACCAUGAUUCCGACGAGGACUCCGCGGCUUCCUCCUCAUCCGACCAGGACGAUAACGUUGCCAAGAAGAAGAUCAAGCCCAAGAGCGGCAAGAGCAAGGCGGCCAGGGUGCCGGAUCCGUCCGAGCUGGUGGAGCUCGUGGACGUGAAGAUGGGUCACGAGUACGAGCUCGUCAUCACCACCUACGCAGGGCUGUGCCGGUACCGCGUGGGCGACAUCCUCCGCGUCACGGGCUUCCACAACUCGGCGCCCCAAUUCGCCUUCGUGUGCCGCAAGAACGUCGUGCUGAGCAUCGACUCGGACAAGACGGGCGAGGAGGAUCUAGCCAAGGCCGUGCGCAGCGCCACCGCGGGCAUCGAGUCCAGCUACGGCGCCCGGCUCAUCGAGUACACGAGUUACGCCGACACCACCACCAUCCCCGGCCACUACGUCCUCUUCUGGGAGCUCCGGAGCUCCUCGCCCAUCCCGAAGGACGUGCUCGAGGAGUGCUGCCUGGCCAUCGAGGAAUCGCUGGACAGCGUCUACCGGCAGGGGAGAGCCUCGGAUCGAAGCAUCGGUCCUCUAGAGAUCAAGGUGGUGAAGCCGGGGACUUUCGAUCAGCUCAUGGACUACGCGCUCAGCCGCGGGGCUUCCAUCAACCAGUACAAGACCCCGCGCUGCGUCAAGUUCACGCCCAUCGUAGAGCUCCUCAAUGCCCGGGUGGUGAGCAGCUACUUCAGUCCCCGGUUGCCAAAGUGGUCGCCCGUGCGGCCGCAGUGGGCGAACUCCAAUGGCGUGCAUUGAUCAUCGAGAGCUUGGAUUAGAACCAUCCUCUUCUUUUGGAUGGAUCGAUCGAUCGAGCGAGCGAGAGAGAGAGAGAGAGAGAGAAGAGAUCCCACUGUUUGCACACUUGCUGCUGCUGCUAGACACCCUCUCGAUCGAUCGAUCGAUCGAUAUCCCAGUAGCAGCAUGGCAUGAUUUGGCAAAAAGAAAACGAAGUGUCCAGACCACCAACCAUACUAAAAAACUUUGAAAUCUAUAAUAUCAUCAUGCUUUGGAUCA